AUGCUUCUUAUUGUGGUUGCCGCUCAAUUCGUUUGUGUUUUCAUCCCUGGGCCUCAGCGCGACGGCACCAGCACCGCACCUCCGGCGAAGCCGCGGCCGCCUGCAGUGAAGACGCUGGCACGAAAAACAGGCCCUUUGGCCGGCAGCCGCCAGAAGCUUGAGCGAUCAGUGGAGUACUGGCGCUCGCUGGGGCGGCACGAUGCAUCGGAGGAGGACCUUCCCCUGCAUGCGGCUCUCACGAGGGCGACGCAGAACCUGCGCCCACGCAGUGCCCCAGCUGCCAGGCGCCCGACACCUCGGCCCUCGAAGAGGCCAGAGGCCUCGCCAUGGGGGUGGAGGAAGGUGCAGCCCAACGACGAG